ACGCUAUAUGACAUACUAAGUUAUCUUGCGGAACCAGUGUUUUAGCAACUUCAAAAUGAACAUGCACUUUAGUUUGGUGUUUAUGACUUUGUUAAUUGUGUCAAUAAAUGCGUAUAAAAUAGCAAGCUUAGACGAGUCUUGGAUAUGUAGAAUUAAAAAGACAUGCGUGGACUGCUUACAGCUGGGACAUUGUUCUUGGUGCCGCAUAAAGAGCGUUUGUUUCUCUGAAAGAACAAACCCUGCGGAACAAUUUUGUAAUGAAACAGUGAGAACACAUAAUUAUGAAAUGAGUUUAUACGAAAAUACAAGAUGUGCUUGCGAAGAUACAGAAAUGGAAAAUAACUGUCGUCCAGAAGGCAUGACAGAGGGACCUGAAUGCCAUGCCAGAGGGAAAUGCGUGUGCGGAAAAUGUUUUUGCAAUGCGAAUCCCGAUCCUGAGAAUCCAAGCAAGGUAAUAAUUGGUGAUCAUUGCGAAUACGAUAACUUCUCCUGUGAUGGGCCAAAAUGUAAUGAGGGACCCUAUUCCAUAAAUGAACUGCACAUUUACGCGGAGGAAAACGCUGAUGUCUCUGAAGUAGAGCAACCUCUAGAAGAGUAAAAAUUAUCAUGAUAAUAUACAUAUAGAAUAGAAAUAAUAUUGUGUAUAAUUUGUAGUUUAAUAAUUCAUAAAUAAAUAUAAAUA